CACAAUCAAAUAAUACAUAAUUUUUCCUUUUCUUUUAACACUCCCUAAAUAAAUCCAAUGUCAAUUCCGCAAGAGUUCUACCCAAGCCAAGAAGACCUACCCUACGAAGAAGAACUCCUCCGCAACCCCUCCAGCCCGAAGCUAUGGUGGCGCUACCUCGUCGCCCGCACCGACUCCCCCCGCGCGAAGCGCUUCACCAUCUACGAGCGCGCCCUCAAGGCCCUCCCCGGCAGCUACAAGCUCUGGCACGCCUUCCUCCGCGAGCGACUCGAGCUCGUCCGCCCCCUCCCCGUCACCCACCGCGAGUACCAGAAGCUGAACAACACCUUCGAGCGCGCCCUCGUCACCAUGCACAAGAUGCCCCGCAUCUGGGUCAUGUACUUGCUGACCCUAACCGAGCAGAAGCUCGUCACCAGAACCCGCCGCACCUUCGACCGCGCUCUGUGCUCUCUGCCCGCGACCCAGCACGAUAGGGUUUGGGAGCCCUACCUGGUCUUCGUUGGCCAGAAGGGCGUCCCGAUAGAGACCUCGCUUAGGGUUUAUAGACGGUACUUGAAGCACGACCCCUCGCAUGUAGAGGAUUUUAUCGAGUUUUUGGUGAAUUCGGGCCUGUGGCAAGAGGCCGCGGAGAGGUUCGCCGGGGUUUUGAACGACGAUAGGUUUUGUUCGAUUAAGGGGAAGACUAAGCGUAGGCUGUGGCUUGAGUUGUGUGACUUGCUUACGCAGCACGCGGAAGGGGUUUCCGGGCUGAACGUGGAUGCGAUUAUUCGGGGAGGGAUUAGGAAGUCUACCGAUGAGGUAGGGAGGCUUUGGAUCGCGCUUGCGAGUUAUUAUAUCAGGAGGAAUUUGACAGAGAAAGCUAGGGAUGUGUUUGAGGAGGGGAUGACUACGGUUGGCACGGUUAGGGAUUUUAGUGAGAUUUUCGAUGUCUACUCGCAGUUUGAAGAUAUCAUGCUUCUACAAAAGAUGGAAGGAGAGGGUGAGGGAAACGGUGAAAAGGAUGAGGACAACGACGAUGAUAAAGAUGACCGUUUGGAUGUGGCGAAGAUUGGGAGGAAGCUGAAGAGAUUUUGGUUGUAUGAUGAUAAAGAAGUUGAAUUGAGAAUGGCCCAGAUCGAGUGUCUAUUGGAUAGGAGGCCAGAACUGGCUAAUAGCGUACUUCUUCGCCAAAACCCACAUAAUGUGGAGCAAUGGCGUCGGCGAGUGAAGCUUUUUGAGGGUAACCCUACAAAGCAGAUUCUGACUUACACAGAGGCAGUGAGGACAGUUGAUCCCAUGAAAGCUGUGGGGAAACCUCAUACACUGUGGGUUGCUUUUGCCAAGUUGUAUGAGGAUCACAAGGAUGUUGCCAAUGCAAGAGUGAUCUUCGAUAAGGCGGUUCAGGUCAACUACAAAACCGUCGAUAAUUUGGCUAGUGUUUGGUGUGAAUGGGCUGAAAUGGAACUUCGGCAUAAGAACUUUAAAGGGGCUUUGGAGUUGAUGAGGCGCGCGACAGUAGAGCCUUCAACGGAGGUGAAACGGAGGGUGGCUGCCGAUGGUAACGAACCGGUGCAGAUUAAGUUGCAUAAAUCCUUGUGGCUUUGGGCAUUCUACGUUGAUUUAGAGGAAAGCCUUGGUACCUUAGAGUCAACUCGUGCGGUUUAUGAAAGGAUUUUGAAUCUGAGAAUCGCCACGCCUCAGAUUCUAAUGAACUAUGCCAUGUUUUUGGAGGAACACAAAUAUUUUGAGGAUGCCUUCAAGGUUUAUGAAAGAGGCGUCAAGAUUUUUAAAUAUCCACAUGUAAAGGACAUAUGGGUCACGUAUCUUUCCAAGUUUGUUAAAAGAUUUGGGAAAUCAAAAUUGGAACGUGCGCGAGAGCUAUUUGAGCAUGCUGUUGAAGUGACCCCCGCUGAAUCUGUGAAACCAUUGUACCUUCAAUAUGCUAAAUUAGAGGAGGAUUAUGGUCUAGCAAAGCGAGCAAUGAAGAUUUAUGACCAAUCUACCAAGGCGGUUCCGCCCCAUGAGAAAUUGAGCAUGUACGAGAUCUACAUAGCUAGUGCCGCUGAGAAAUUCGGGGUUCCAAGAACAAGGGAAAUAUACAAGCAAGCCAUAGAAUCUGGUCUUCCGGACAAAGAUGUCAAGACCAUGUGUAUGAAAUAUGUUGAGCUGGAGAAGAGCCUUGGAGAAAUAGAUCGUGCUCGUUGGGUUUUCAUAUAUGCAUCUCAGUUUGCGGAUCCGCGAUCAGAUCCUGAUAUAUGGAACAAAUGGAGCAAGUUUGAGGUGAACCAUGGUAAUGAAGACACCUUCCGAGAAAUGCAAAGAAUUAAAAGGAGUGUUUCUGCUAGUUAUAGCCAGACACAUUUCAUCCUUCCCGAGUAUCUGACGCGAAAGGAUAAGCAGCCAAAUCUCGACGAAGCAAUGGACGCACUAAAAAAAGCCGGUGUUCCAGAAGAUGAAAUGGCUGCUCUAGAGAAGCAAUUAUUGCCUGAUGCCAGUAACACUGCUACCAAAGAUAGUAACAGGAAAGUAGUGGGUUUUGUGAGCGCAGGAGUGGAGUCUCAGACUGAAGGAGGAUUAAAAGUUGCUGCAAAUCACGAGGAUAUUGAGCUACCAGAAGAGAGUGAUUCGGAAGAUGAUGAGAGAGUUGAUGUUGCACAAAAAGAUGUUCCCCCGGCCGUUUUUGGUGGUUUAGUUAGGAAACGGGAAGAGGGUGACAAUGGAGAUGAUAGUGCUGCUACUAAAGAUACAGAUGAUGGGGGCCAUAUCGGCGCGCUUGAGAGAAUAAAAAGACAAAGGCAAGAAGCAAUGGUUUGAAAACACUUCACAGUGUUCACACAGAUGAUUUAUUUAUUCAUGGAAACGUACUUACUGCCAAUCAUAAUAGUCUGGUUUGAUGUAGUUCUCAAUGCCGUUAUCAAAAGAUUGGUUUGAUGUAGUUUUCUACUCUUAUUUUUUGUUACUGUGUCAUUCUCUUUUCAGAUUGAUCACUGUACUUUAGACGCAUUGAUGAAAGGUUUCGUCGUAUAUUUUUGGAAUA